CUCAUUCACUGUUGACAUCACCUGAUCAUACCAUAAACAAUUACACAUAACUACAAGCCAGAUAGGGUAUUACACCUGUGUUUAAUCCUCAUAUAUAGCUAUAUCUGUUUGUUACACUUGAAAUUAUAUUAUAUACUGAAUUAUUUUACGACAAUGGCACAUAAAGGACCUCCACCACCGUAUCAGUACCAAGGACCACCUCCUGCAGGUUAUGCAUCCAAUACAACAGUAUAUGUCAACCAGCCACCAACAAAAGUUGUACAUACAUCAUCUCCAGGAUUGUUUGGAUCAAUCAUGAAAGAAGUGAACAGUGUAGGCAGAGAGGUAGAAAAAGGUCUGAAUUGGGCAGGUAACCAGAUUGACCAUGCUGUCAAACAGUGUGAGACUGGAAAUAUUCUGCAAACAUUCCAGACAAACAAUGUUGUACAGCUAGUAUCACGUGCCAGCGGACGAUCACUACAGAUUGUGAUGUCACCAACACAACAGUUAGUCAUUGAUGGAUGUGGUGCCGAGGGACCUCAGGCUUUUAACACUUUAUGGACUGUAGUAAAUGAGGGCAAUAACCAAGUUCGUCUCCAUAACAACAAUAACUACAUUGCUGUUGUCAAUGGUUUAACACAGCUAGUUCACAUGCCACCAGGUACAAUGCAUGGAGCAGAAACAAAAAUCCAGUUACAUCAGACCAAUCAGUUUGUUACCAUGGCAUCAUGUAAAACUGUGACACAACAUGUUGGUGUGUUAGAAAAUGGACAACUAAAGUCUGCAUUGGCCACACAUAGAAAUGACACUCAUGCUAUGUUUGGUGUUAGACUGAUUUCUACACCGUAUGCUGGAGCACCUGCUAAAUGAUAAAGAUCUAGGAAUGUCAUCUGAUCAUGUGAUAUAUACAAACUACAUGUACUUUGUAAUCAAGUAAAUACACUUUGAUGUCUGAUGUUUAUCUUGUUAUUUUUAUUGACGUUAAUCAAUAGUUAGGGCAAUUAACCAGUUAUACUCUCUUGCAAAUCAGUGUUCACCAGUUAGUGCCAUAGUUUAUAUGCAACUUUUCUUUUUCAUUCUCAAUUUAACCUCUUACAACAAUAUCUAAUAUGAAAUUGAAGCAUGAUUAAAAUAACACUUAUAUAGCCUGAUAUUUACGAGACUUUCUAUUUAUUUAUGUAGACAUACAAAUAAACAGCAUUAUAUUAUUGGGUUACAUUUCACUUUCCUAGAAAUACUAACUCAUUAUCAUUUUGGAGUAGGUCUUUAUAAAUUAUUGAAUGUUUAUGUAUUGUAGAUUAUUUGACCUGUGAUCUAGUACUUUAUUUUUAUAUAAAUCAUUGACAACUGACAGAAGUGUGAGAUUAAAUAGUGUGUCUUGAUUAAGGGGUACAUAAUGUACAAAAUAUCUUUCAAAUGUUGUAAAAUAUUAUAUAGACAAAGCACUUAUCCCUUUGAUAAGUUACUCCACAAGUAAUGAAGAGCAAUUAAUUGAAAAGAAGACCAAUUAAAUCAAUUAGUUUUUACCAGAUUUUAUUAAUUAUUAUUUAGUUUUUUUGUUGAAUUGUGUCAUAAUACCAUAGAAUUGCUUUUAUUGAAUAAGCACUAUAAUUAUCUCCCCCUGAAUUGAGCAUAUUUGUGCAAACUUUUCUUGUCUGACAAAAAUCACAGAUUUUUUGAUUCAUGAAUAAUCCCAUAAUUGUUGAAUGUAACUAUAUUUUGAUAUACAUACAUACAUCUUUGAUAAGAUCAACUUUCUUUGUCUCCUGGGAUGAAAGUUGUUGAAGUGGGACAUGCAAUCCUGCAGUCUAUUGCUUUUUGCGGAUAUCUGUAGUUUACUGAUAAAAUGACUAACUUUUUACAGUUAACUUUUAAAAGCAGUGUUUGGUAAACAUUUUUUACACAUCAAUAAUUUUGUCAAAUCUCAUGGAUUUUUAUGGAACUUUGUCAGAAGCUUCUUCAUAAUCAUUAGAUAAUUUAGAUCAAAAGUUAGCAUUUUAUUUUUUUUAUCCAUACAAAUUUUACUGAUUAAUGGUUUCCAUUUUUUGCGUUAACAUUUAGAUACAGUCUGGUGUUUUUUUUUUUUUAGACAAAUGUAACUUUGUAAAACAUUCAUAGAAUACAAUAAACUUGGAUAGAAGCUUUUUUUAUGAUUAAGUGAUAUUAAACAAAACCUGUUCAAAUAAAAAAAAUAUUUUCAUUUUUCCUUCAGUUAUUUAAUGAUGGAUUGACUUAACUAAGUUAAGUUUUUGAUUUAAUAUUUACAUUCAGUCUAUGGUGAUGUUUCUUAGAAGUCAAUAACUUUGUCAAAUGAUCAUGGAAUAUAACAAUACUUGGAUAGAAGCUUCUUCAUAAUAAAAAAACAGCAUCAAAGAAAUAUUUUACAAUCUAAAAAAUAAUUCUUUAUUUUACUUACUGAUAAAUGGAGUUAGUUUUUGGCGGUCAGUAUUACACUUUUAAAAUAGCAAUCUCAAGAAAGACCCAGGGAACCCUUUACUUAUCUUUAUUAGAAAAUGUUACCUAUUCUUGAUUAUGUUUUAUUGUUUGAAAUUAUAAACCUUGAAUAUCUGUACAUUUUCUUUCCAAACAUUGUAUACAAUUGAAUAAUGACAUGUUUUUAAAUGAUUUUAUAUUUCACUAUAAUUUAUGUAGUGUUUUAUUGUUAGCAUGGUGUUAUUUUGUUAUGUUCAGUUGUAUUCUUUGUACUUUUGUCAUCUAUAUUUCAAUUAAAAAGUGUUUAUUAUUGUGA